AUGAAGGAGGAACUUAAUCAAAAUCCCACGAAACCGGUACCUAAGACAUUUAAUGAAAUUAGGAGAUCUGUCAUAACUUCAGGAAUAGAAGGUGCUACAAAUUCGGAAGUUAUAGAUGCUAUUCCCGUAUUCACCAGUAUAAAAAGUUCGGGAUACAGAAAAAAAAUGAAAAUGAUUCCACCUUUACCGUCAAAAUUAUCUGAUUUAACGAUCGAAUUUGAUUGGCGUUCUACAAAUGAUGGGAGAGAUUUUUUAUUAGGUUCAGAAUUAAAUGAUAAUAAAAUAAUUAUAUUUGGAACUGAAGGAUUUUUAAAACGGCUUUGUAACAGUGAAAUUAUUUUCAUGGAUGGUACAUUUAAAUCCGCUCCAAAAUUAUUCUUGCAAAUAUAUACAUUACACUGCUUUGUAAUGGGAGUUAUGGUACCAAUGGUUUAUGCUUUUUUACCGAAUAAAAGCACUAAUACUAAUUACACAAGGAUGUUCAAUAUUAUUAAAGAAGCUGCCUUGAGAAAUGAUUUGGCUUUUAAACCAAAAACGUUUCAAAUUGAUUUUGAAAUAGGAAUGGUUGUUGCCAUUAGUGAUUCAUUUGGAUAUAAUACAGAAAUAAAAGGAUUGCUUUUUUCAUUUUGGACAAUCCAUAUGGCGUCAAGUACAAAAAGUUGGACAUAUAAUAAUUUUUUAUUUUAA